CAGACAUCAGUGCACGUUUGCUUUGGCUGCCCUCUGGCAGAGAAGUUCCGGGGAGCACAGGUCUUUGGGGCAGGAGACGGGCACCACCCUUGCCAGGGCUCGGGGUGACGGCAAGUUCCUUGUCGAGAUGCAGUAAGACCCUUUUUCCUACUUCUAAAAGUUGCUAAGUUUUCUCUUGAUUUGGACACACUGCUGGAAAAACUUCUGUGGGCAAACAUGGGCUGCCGGGAUGUUCAUGCAGCAACUGUACUGGCCUUCCUCAGUGGAACAGCCUCAGUCGCCGGCCUCCUUGCAGCAGUUCUGCUUCCAAACUGGAGGCAAAUGAGACUGUACACAUACAACAAGAAUGAGAGGAAUGUGACCGUUUACACUGGACUCUGGAUUAAGUGUGCUCGCUUUGAUGGGAGCAGAGACUGUGUGAUCUAUGACCCACAGUGGUACACUGCUGUCGAUCAGCUGGAUUUGCGUGUUCUGCAGUUUGCCCUUCCUCUGAGUAUGUUUACUGCUGUCUCAGCUCUGUUUCUCUGCAUGAUUGGCAUGUGUAACACAGCCUUUGUAUCCACCGUGCCAAACGUCAAAUUGGCCAAAUGCCUUGUGAACAGUGCAGGCUGCCAUCUCGUGGCUGGCCUCUUGUUCUUGCUUGCCUGUGCCAUUUGUCUCACUCCGUCCAUCUGGGUCAUUUUUUAUAACAAUUAUCUGAACAGAAAAUACGAGCCUGUCUUUAGCUUUGACAUCUCUGUGUUUAUUGCCAUUGCCAGCGCUGGCGGUCUGUUUUUCACCUCCAUCCUGUUGUUCCUGUGGUACUGUGCAUGCAAAAGCCUCCCUUCCCCAUUCUGGCAGCCCCUGUAUUCCCACGCCCCCAGUAUGCACAGCUAUGCCUCGCAGCCCUACUCCGCACGCUCCCGCCUCUCUGCUGUAGAACUUGACAUUCCUGUUGUGACACAUUCAUCUUAAGGAGACAAAGUCUUGGAAGCUGAGCUCUUGUGUUCAUUCAAACCAUGAAAAUUGCAGGCUUGAUUCUCUCCGCUGCCCUGCGCUGAGCAUAAUCCUUUGUAAGGUCAAGUUUCCCAGGGCGCAAAGCAAUGGAGAUCCACAUUCAGCAAGUUCGUUGCUGUUCUGGUCUGUUUGUUACUUCUUGAACAACUUGGUUUUUUGCGUUUUUUUUGUUGGUUUUUUUUUUAACUCUGAGCUCACUACAGACAAAAUUGCUGCUAAUGCUGGGACAGUACUCUAACAAUAGUAUCCAUCCAUUGUUUUGCUUAUUGACAUCAAAGCAGGUUUGAACCCCUUAGAUAUUUGAUAAGCUAUUACUAGAUGCUGAUCCUGUUGUAAGACCCUUGCACCCACGUAUUAUCCAGAUGCAGGCAGUGGAACUGAGUGAAGGAGAUUCACCAAGUUUCCUGUUCAUCUAGACACACAUAUUUUAUGAUGUGAUGUCUGAAAAGGGUAUUUGGCAGACUAAUUCAGUUCUGUGCACUGUUCUUUGUUUUUCACUGCACACACAAAAAGCUACUCGCUUAGGAACUUCUCUAGCAGAAUUAAUGUCAAAUUACCCUUUAUUUUCAAAGUAGCCAUCAGAAGGAAUAAAACUGAUUUAACUAAGAAUGUUGGUUUGUGCUGUAAUAGCAUUUUGUGAAUUACUGGAGGCUAGAAAUUUUUUGCAAAUUUUAUAUCUAGUCUCUUUUUUACUAAGUUAGCAAAUUCAUUAGAUCUAUUUUGUCAUUAAAACAAAAACCACUAGUAUUUAAGAAUUUUGUUUAGAAGCUUGAAUGUUUUAUUUGAAGGCCUUCUUAAAAAUGGAUUUUCAAGUAGGAUAUAAAGUGUUCAGUUCUGGAGAGAAAUGUCACACUACAAAACGGAUUAGGAAAGCCGGAUUAGGAAGAAUUCUGAAGGCUAUGGGAGAUUCUUUUGGAACACUGUACACAAGCUAUAACAACAUCUCUCUAGGAAGGGGAUUAUAUCCCCAGGGAGAUAUUUUUUAAUCUAGAUUUUUUUUUAAAAAAUGUAUAUACAAGUAGCAAUGAGCUUGUGUGUUUUUCAGAGUUGAUCUUUAUGGUUGUUGGACUUUUCACACCAUUGCUUAUUUAAUUAGUGAUUAAGGCUUAAUCUUUUCAGCCUUGUUCUUCAACACCUUUCAAAUUCAGCUAUUUUAAAAUCCACUUAUUUCCUCUGCUGCCACCUCUCAACUGCAGAAAGUUUCCCAUUCCUAUUUUCUGUAAGAUGAGGUUUUGAAUAACUUGUGAGCUUCACCUUGUAGCUCUACAAGGAUGAGGAAGGACUGUAAAUUCCCAGCCUGGGAUGUCUUUAAAUCACUUUUUUUCCUUUUAAAAUGCAGAGUGGCAGGUGAGCCCUAAUGAUCAUAGCUCUUCAGUGUGGGCUUUGAAAUUACUUGGAAAUUUGAUGACAGUGAGUUGAAGAGUGCUAUAAUUAAGGCAAGUAUUUGAUUCUUUCAGAUUUUGGCAAAUUGAGAUCAUAUGUUUAAGAUGUCAUCCCAGUAGGGAAAGCUGUUUUGAUUGGUGGCAUUCUGGCGCUUAGUGGAUAUUUGCAUUUCAUUAAUUCCAGAAUAAAUUUGCUUUUCUAAAAAAAUCAAGUUCUUUAAUUGCAGUUCUGAAAAAUCAUCCAAGGUCCUGGAAAAUCAGUUAGUUUCCUCUUCUAGGUAUUAGAAAUGGGAACAAAUACUGUGCUGGGCAAAUCUUGUUCUGUUAACUAACAGUAUGUUAAGAGGAAUCAUUGUGAUUUAGCUGAUAGACAUCGGACUUCAGUGGAUUGAGGGAGGAAGCCGAUCUCUGUCAUAAAUUCUCAGCAUAGUCAGUGAAACAACAGUCCUUUCCUGCAGAGCGCUUGAUUAAAUUGCAGUCUAAGGAAUUAACACUGUAGAUGAUAAAGAAUACUUAGAGAUAGGCCUCUAAAGUUACUAAAGUUACUCUAAACCUUCUUAGGUUUACAAGGUAUGAGAGUAUGAAGUAUCUUUUUUCUUUCGUAUAAUGAUGUGCAAGACAGCUUUUUUUCUUCCAAACUGAGCUUUGCUUUACUGUUACUCUGGUUGCCCAGCUGUAGAUACUGUUGCUGUUUUAGCUGCCCAUGUCCUUGGAUGCUAUGUAAGAUCAAAGCAAGGGGGCCACUGGUUUAUGAUUUCACAUCAGCUUGUCUCCCCAUCACUUCAGUGUCUUUUCUUCUUUGUGCCUUGCUUAAGUUUUGAGUUGGUCAGUAAAUGUUACUUUACAGUCAGUGUCUGAUAUGCUUUUUGAGCCUGAAUUUACAAAGCAUUUUGAUCAUUUUGGAGAGAUGAUCAAUAUAUUUCUUGGCGAUUUUAAAAGGAGCUGAAUCUUCAGCAUCUCCAGAACAAGAAUGGCAUCCUGGCAAAGUGUUUUCUACAAGAAUGUAAGUAAGUGCAGCCAGUGUUGUUUUCUGUGCACUUUAAUAGCAGAUGUCUCUGACAGCUCUUUUGUAUUCUGACUUUGAUUUUUAUGCACAAAACUUUCAAUGAGUAUUUGCUGCUGCCUAAGCUGAUAACUUGUUGCUUUGAAAAUUGUGUCUUUCCAAAAGUCUGAGAUGAACGAGUUACAAAAAGCGGAGAUCCAGAAGUUAUUGGAUUCCAGUGUAGGUCCCAGCAAAAAGACUGUCGCAUCAUGUUGUAUCACCAAAGCACGGCUGAGUUUCUUUCAACAGUGCUUUUAAUGUGAGUUUCUGCUGGAUCCCAAGUGAAGUUAUCUGGAAGUGCUGUGCUGUAUUUCCUUUGUUACAGAAAGAGGUGGCCAAUCUGUGACACUUGAGUCAGCUUUUCUCUUGCUAAGGUUGCCAUGGUGCCCAGCUCCAGGGUUGGGAAAUGACAGGCCUUCCUGUUUUGAAGAAAACAACACAUGUAUCCUGCAUAUGUCUGCCAGGGAACAAACAGCCUCUGGGGAGCAGUUAGCACCCCUGCCUCUGAUCAGCUGCACCUUACUGAGCACUUUGCUGAGUGCAGGACAAGCACUCUUGGUCUUGAACACAGAUUUUAAUUUGUGGCUCGUGCAGUCAAAGGUUGGGUGCUCUGGGAUUACAGGAACCUGUAUUCUUUCAAGUAAUUCCUGUCCAACUUCUUAAAUUGUGUUUAGUUACAGUGUUGGUUCUUUUUAUGUGAAACAGAAGAUAUGUAUUUUUAAUAAAACAGUCUCAUACA